CUAGCAUUCAGACUUAUAGAACGCUGCUAAUUUGUUUCCACCCUCCGUAGCAUAUUGUGGUGCGGUGUAACAACAUGAUAGGAAGGGUGCGCACAUAUAUUUUUACGUGAGUGGCAAACCUAUGCACGAAUGUCGUUCAAAGUCGUUCGGAAGCCCGAGGGCGGGGAUGUUUCCUUGUUAUCUCCAUCGAAUUACGACGACGAUGCACCCUCUUUACAUUCAGAGCGCAGCAGUCAAGAUGACGACAGUGAUGAUGAUAAGGUACUUAAAGGGGCACGAACGUCGGCGGAUAUUAGGAAGUACGAUCGUGGUGUAUUAGAAGAGGAAGAAGAAAGGGACGAGCUACUGGAGAGGAAUCGACAGGGCGGGAAGAGGAGAGGGAGUGCAUUGGAAGGAAUAAGCUCCGGACUCAGAGGUCUAUGGAGUAGGAGCCAUGUUCUGUUACCUGGAGCCGAUGAUGGAGGUUCCGCAAACCAGAAUGAUAAAGCCGAGCCAGAAGACAAACGACGCCAAAGGAGAAUUAGAAGGCAAAUGAAGAAGGAAAAAUUGAUGGAAGAUGCAAGUUAUGGCGAAGCUGGAGAGUUAAUGAUUGAGAUGGAAGGGGGGCGCAUGAAAGAAGGCAGUGUGACAGGUUCAAGCAGCGAAACCGAUGAGAGUGACGAUGCCGAUAGACGUGGCUUGCUCAACAUACGGGACAAGACAGUACAACGAAAAAAGGCGAAAUGGGCUUGGUGCGCUAUAUACCUUUUGAUUGCAGUAGGUUUUAUGGCUCUGGUAUUGGUGGCGUGGAAAUUGUCGCUGAAAGCACGUUUCACGAAAGUUCACCAAAAUAUUUUGAGCAAUGGCACAGCUUUAUUCGCUCCAACAACGAUUCUGAUAAGCUUAGAUGGGUUCCGAGCCGAUUUCUUAAAGCGGGGCAUCACGCCUAGAUUAAAUGCUUUUGUGGAGGAGGGGAUCUCGCCUGUCUAUAUGAUGCCUAGCUUCCCUUCUGUCACCUUCCCAAACCAUUAUACAUUGGUUACUGGUCUUUACCCAGAAUCACAUGGAGUUGUGGGAAAUACAUUCUGGGACAAAGAACUAGAAGAAAAAUUCUACUACACCAAAUCUGAAGCGAUGAAUAAGAAAUGGUGGGGUGGUGAACCUCUCUGGGUCACUGCUGAAAACCAAGGAAUUAGAACUGCCAUUCACAUGUGGCCAGGGAGCGAAGCACAUAUCAUGGAUGUGGAGCCGUCAUACUUGGAUAAAUACAACGGGAAAGAAUUGCUGCCGAAUAAAGUCAGCCGAGUACUUGAGCUUCUAGAUAAGCCUGGUCAGGAGGAUAACCAAGCAGAAAUAGCUGAUAUGAGACCUCAACUCAUCGCGGCGUACGUGCCCAAUGUUGAUCAGCAUGGACAUCUUUAUGGACCAAAUAGUACUGAAAUUAGGACAACAAUAUCAGAAGUAGACACUAUGCUUGAUCAACUGUUUCAAGGACUAGAGGCAAGGAAUUUGACAAAUAUCGUCAACGUUGUUGUUGUUUCAGAUCAUGGAAUGGCUACUACAGACAAAAACCGCCUUAUUCAACUGGAAGACAUCGUUGAUACUAGUCUAAUUGAGCACACUGACGGCUGGCCCUUGUAUGGACUUCGGCCAAAGGACCCUGCGCACCUUCAAGGCCUUUACGAUAGUUUGGCUGCGGAAGCUGCCAUUAAUCCCAAUUUUGAGGUCUACCUACGUGAUGUCAAUAUGCCUGAACGUUAUCAUUUCUCCAAAAAUGAACGAAUUGCCCCCCUAUGGAUUGUUCCAAAGACUGGUUGGGCAAUUGUCACGAAGGAUGAAAUUGAUGUAGUUGAAGCAAAGGCAAAAGGCAUUGUCUAUCAUCCUCGAGGACUGCAUGGCUACGAUCAUGAACAUCCGCUCAUGAGGGCUAUUUUUAUCGCUAGAGGCCCUGCUUUCCCGCAUGAGCCAAAUAGCCGUGUUGAGCCUUUUCGUAAGUUCUGUACGGUCUUCAUCAGCCAAACCUUACUAAUAUGAUGUAGAAAAUAUUGAAGUAUACAACAUAAUUUGUGACUCUCUCGCUCUUACGCCCAAACCGAAUAACGGUACACUACGCCUUCCGCUCAAGCCUAUUGGACUUCAUUCGCCCGACACAUCCCCUCCCGAACCUGCUGACCCAGAGCCUGUUCCUUUGAAAUCAGUCUCUCCAACAAAUGGGACUCUGUCUAUAUCGCCAAUUGAAGCUAGUCCUGCAGCAGAUCCAGAGCCGGUUCCUUCGAAAUCAGUCUCUCCAACAAAUGGAACUCUAUCUGUAUCGCCUAUUGAAGCUAGUUCUGCCGCAGAUCCUAAUGUCGUCCCUCCACAUAUGGUAGGUGUUGAUGUACCAGAAAGCUCGGAAGACCCAAAUGUGGACAGACCGGUAGUGGAAGACGAAAGUAGUACGACAAAUGAUGCGAAGAAUUGGUGGGCAUGGUUCAAGGGAGAAUUGGACGACUUUAAAGGCUGGGUUUCUGAUUUGUCCCAUGGAAAUGGGAAGAAUGAGACUCAGGCGCAAAAAUAGAAUUGUUUUUAAUAUUUUUUGGCGCUAGCAUGGGAUAUUCUAGGAGUUUCGGAACUAGAUAUAUACUGGCUGAUUAGGGAAUUCAUCAGGAGGCGCCUUUAAUUAGAUACCAUGGUUGGAAUUUCAUGUACAAUAGAUUUAUUAAGACAUCGCUUUAUGCUUAUGAACUGACGUUUAAACUC